GAAGGAACAGCUGUCACAUGGGCCGCGCCCACUCAUACGUCCAUUGGGCCUCGGUGUUGGUUCAAGUUGCGCUGCCUCUCUUUCCGCUUCCAAUCCAUUUUACUUAUAUUAUUUAUUCAAACCCUCUCACUCUCUCUCUCUCUCUCUCUCUCUCCAAAACUACCACACCUGCAACUUCUACCUCAUACUCUAUUGAAUUUCUUCUUGCUAUUCAACUCAUGGCCGACAACUCUAAUUCGACUGUUUAUAUUGGCAAUCUUGAUGAGAGAGUGAGUGAUAGGGUGUUGUAUGACAUCCUCAUUCAAGCAGGCCGUCUUGUAGAUUUAUAUAUUCCUCGAGAUAAGGACACUGAUAAGCCUAAAGGUUAUGCUUUUGCUCAAUACGAAUCAGAAGAGAUAGCUCAUUAUGCUGUCAACCUUUUCUCUGGCCUCGUCACACUCUAUAGAAGGACACUCAAAUUUGCGAUAUCUGGGCAAGACAAAUCCUCUUUGAGGCCAGACAAAUCCUCUUUGAGUGUACCCAUAUCAAGCACGCCCACAGGUAGUUCUUCUCUCAAGUCAAGGCCAUACAAUGCCCCAUAUAAUAGUACGGAAUUUUCCUCACCAUCUCCAAGGUUUUCAGAGCACAAAUUGAAUUAUGCACAAGUUCCCUCUGAUAAAUCUAUGCAACAACCAAAUGGGUAUAGAUCAUAUCAUGACAACACCGAUUACAAUUACAGUCGAAGAGUAUUUGGGGCAGCAUUGGAUAGUGUUAGUCGCAGUAGGUCGGGACGAUAUGAGACGCGUAAUUCAGUGAAUUAUAAUCCUUCUUACUGAAUUUUAAUGACAGACUGGAUAGAGACCAACUUUGACAGUCUAAAACAUCUUGUAUGAAGUGGUGCAACCCUUGGUGUUUACUGACACCUUUAGAAUGUUAGUUACGUGUAGUCUCUUUUGUAUGAAUAUGCCUGUAUUGGAGUGAUUUAUGUUGGGAUCUUCUGGUGUUCAUCUGUCCUUCCAGACUGCUGAGUGCUUCUGUCAAUGUCUGAACCAAGAUAUAUUUCUCUUGUUCACUUCUUUGACGUUAUCUCCUGAGAAUUCUUUCUGGCUGUAUUGUUAUUACGUUUGUGUACUGUCAAUUGUGGACUUAUAUGACUUGCUUAAGCAGCAUCAAAAA